AAUCAUUGUCUAGGGUUUUUUCUGAACGGAGAGCGUGGUCAUAUAUAGCACAUUGAGGAACCUGGGUGUGUCGGACUCGGAUCCAGGUUCACAGACGAAGAGUGUCGGUCGGCUGCUUCCCCGUAGAUAUCCUUCCGAGCUCACAAACCCAAAAUGGCGAGAGGUUUGAAGAAGCAUCUUAAGAGGCUAAAUGCCCCAAAGCAUUGGAUGCUGGACAAACUUGGUGGUGCAUUUGCUCCCAAACCUUCAUCUGGACCUCACAAAUCCAGGGAAUGCCUGCCGUUGAUCCUCAUCUUGCGUAACCGAUUGAAAUAUGCUCUUACAUACCGUGAAGUGAUUGCCAUUUUGAUGCAAAGGCAUGUUCUGGUUGAUGGCAAGGUUAGGACGGAUAAGACAUAUCCCUCUGGUUUCAUGGAUGUUGUUUCAAUCCCCAAGACAAAUGAGAACUUUCGUCUUCUUUAUGAUACCAAGGGCCGGUUCCGCCUCCACUCAAUCAGGGAUGAAGAGGCUAAGUUCAAGCUCUGCAAAGUCCGAUCUGUGCAAUUUGGGCAAAAAGGAAUUCCCUAUUUGAACACCUAUGAUGGGCGAACUAUCCGCUAUCCUGACCCCCUAAUCAAGGCCAAUGACACUGUAAAGCUGGACUUGGAAACAAACAAGAUAACGGACUUCAUCAAAUUUGAUGUUGGAAAUGUUGUCAUGGUGACUGGUGGAAGGAACAGGGGGCGUGUUGGAGUUAUCAAGAACCGGGAGAAACAAAAAGGAAGCUUUGAGACAAUUCAUGUCCAGGAUGCCACUGGCCAUGAAUUUGCAACUCGUUUGAGCAAUGUUUUCACCAUUGGCAAGGGAACCAAGCCGUGGGUAUCCCUUCCUAAGGGUAAGGGUAUCAAGCUUUCCAUUAUUGAAGAAGCAAGGAAGAGGCUUGCAGCCCAAGCUGCGUCGACAGCUUGAAUGAUUAUGGGACAAACAGUUUUUGAGCUUUAAUGGAAUUUAGUUUUUUAUAGUUUUGACGUAUUAGCUUUGUAAUUUUAUGCUUCAAACUUUGACUCGAUACAAUGAGUUAGAUGCACAAUCUUUAUCUGUGUUAUUUUUGAAGUGAAUUAUUUCUAUCGUUAUGUGAUUUUUGUGGUGGUUCAUUA